UGAGGAAGCCGGAAGCGGCGGCUGUCCACAGCACCGGUUGGGGUCAGAGAGGAGGCGGUCUGCGCCUUGGGGUUUAUGAACCCCGCGAUGGACCCGGACCUGACGGUCGCGCGACAGAGGUCAUCGUUGCUGCUGCUGCGGCUGCUGCUGCUGGUGGCGCUGCUGUGGUCGGGGCUGGCUCUGGGCACCUUCUCCUUGGGCAGCAGUCCCCACCGAGUCCUCCACGACCUCCUGUCGGAGCAGCAGUUGCUGGAGGUGGAGGACUUGUCUCUGGCUUUACUGCAGGGCGGAAGGAUGGGGCCACUGUCGUUACCCCCAUACUUGCCGGAUCUGGAUCCCGAGUGCCGGGAGCUGCUGCUGGACUUCGCCAACAGCAGCGCAGAGCUGACCGGGUGUCUAGUGCGGGGCGCCCGGCCGGUGCGCCUCUGUCAGACCUGCUACCCGCUCUUCCAACAGGUCGCCAACAAGAUGGACAACAUCAGCCGAGCCGUGGGGAAUUCUUCAGAGAGUCUUAGUUGUGCCAGAAGUCUCUUAAUGGCAGAUAGAGUGCAAAUAGUUGUGAUUCUGUCUGAGUUUUUCAAUUCCACAUGGCAGAAGGCAAAUUGUGCAAAUUGUUUAACGAACAAAAGUGAAGAAUUAUCAAAUAACACAUUGUAUUUCCUCAGUCUAUUUAAUCACACCUUGACCUGCUUUGAGAAUAACCUUCAGGGGAGCACACAUAGUCAUCUACAGCUAAGAAAUUAUUCAGAAGUAUGCAAAAACUGUGGCGAAGCAUACAAAGCUCUGAGUAAUCUAUACAGUGAAAUGCAAAAAAUGAAUGAACUUGAAAAUAAGGCUGAAUCUGGAACACAUCUAUGCAUUGACGUGGAAGAUGCAAUGAAUAUUACUCGAAAACUGUGGAGUCGAACUUUCAACUGUUCAGUCCUUUGCAGUGACACAGUGCCUGUAAUUGCUGUUUCUGUGUUCAUUCUCUUUCUACCUGUUGUAUUCUACCUUAGUAGCUUUCUUCACUCAGAGCAAAAGAAACGCAAACUCAUUCUACCCAAACGUCUCAAGUCUAGUGCAAGCUUUGCAAAUGUUCAAGAAAAUUCAAACUGAAACCUACGAAGUGGAGAUUAACAUCGUAUCCCAUGGAUGAAUGGUGGAAGACACAGCUUGGUACAAAGGAAGAUAACCUAUGAUUUGACAAAUCAAGUUCUUAAGAAAUGCAAGGACUUCAGAUUUAUUUUAAAUAAGAAUUUUCAAUUUUUCUUUUCUUUUCCAGUCCCUUUUUAAGGGUUUGGGUAUUCUUAAUUUCCAGGCAUAGCAAUGUUGUCUAUUUUGAAGUGUAUUUGUUACAAUAACAAAAGAUGCAAGAACAAUCUUUAUUUUGUUUUGUAGGCAUAUUUACUAUUUGAGACUUCUGGUAUCUCCCUAUUAACAUGGUAUCUCAAGUAGCAAAGUUUUUGGAAACUUAACAUUUAAAAAUUAAUCAGUUGUAGCAAAGAUUUUGGAAAAAAAUUCAAAUGCCAAAAAGUAGCAGAUCCAAAGAUUAAAUCACUCACCAUUGCAGUAUUAUUGUCACAUAUAUAUUUAAUAUGUCAUACAUUACAAAUAAUGUGUAAUUCAAUCUCUAGUUUCCUUAAAGUCAGUUUUGAAACCACUAAUUAUACUCCCCCCUUACAAUUUUUAGAAGUAUGAAGGCACAUUUCAUUUAUCUUUGUAGAAAGAUUUAUGGUAACUGGUUUCUUACUUGACUUUUAUAAAUAGUAUUUUACACCUUAUUUUUGCCUUUAUUUCAUAAGUAAUUUGAAAUCACUGGACUGCUUUAUUACAUUCAGGGCAAGAUGGAUUCUUUUUAUACUAGGGAUUUGCAUUGUGAAUUACAUUAAGUUAUUUGGCAAUUUAUAAUUUAUUACUACUUUAAAUCAAAUGUAGCAUUAUCACACUGUAUUUAAAUUGUAAUUUUUUAAUAUAAAUUUCUCUUGGGAUAUAUGGGGAGUUUUUGUGGGGAGAGAAAGGAGUUGUAAAAAAAGCUUAAGCUUCAGAAAAUAGACUCGGACCUGAAAGGAUGCUCACUAUAAGACUGUUGAAUGGCUCAUACUGGGGGCAUGAGUCAGAAUGAGAAUCUGAUACAGAAAGCAGGUCAGUUAAGAUGAUACUUAUUUUUUCUAAAUUAUUUAAAUCAGAUAAAAGUGAUAUAUGAUUGAAAUUAAGUCAGAUAUAUCAUGCACAGAAAACAAAUUCUAUUUUGGAAUGUUUAUAUCAACCUUUCCAAAAAAAUCAUCAUUUCAGAAUUAUUCACAUUUUUUUCCCCUUAGGUUUUCAGUGUUAGGUGUUUUAUUUGUUAAUUCCUUCUCACUGUCUUGGUGAAAAUAUUGUUUUAAAUGUUGGAGAAUAUCAAGGCUGCUCUAUAUAGAAACGAGUUUAAUUUAUUGGUACAAGAAUUUGAAUCCCUUCAUACACUGUACAAUGCUAUUAUAGAGACAAGAAAGUGUUUUUAUUAUUUUUUAAAUGUUUACUAUAUAUGCAGGGUGAAAGAGAAGGCUUAUCCUUACAUAUGUAACAUAUCCAAAAGCUGUUAGUUAUAGUUUUUCUAGUCUGCUGUGAUCCAUUUAAAAUGUGCUGAGUUUUGUUCUGCUGUUACUGUUCACACUGCUGAUGCUAAUAGCACUAUCUUGAUUUGAAGUAUAUAGUUGAGGGCCAUUGAAAGCAAUCUUUCAUUAAUGCAGAUAAAAUCAGUUUACAUGUGCAAAGUUACAAAAUGGCAUAUUCAAUUCUGUAAGUAGUGACUCUUUGAGCACCUUUUAAUAUUACAGAUUUCUAAAAACCAUUGCCUUUGGAUAUGGUUGCUAAUAAGCACUUUACAAAAGAAAAAGCAGCCUUUAGUAUUUUUCUGGUUGAGUCAUUGCCAUUAAAAGUAGCAUCAGCAAUAGAUUUCAAAAUCAGUAUUAAGCAUUACACUGUAAAGUGUGUAAAUAUUUCAUUUUUAAGUUGUGUUGAAAAAUUCUUUGCAUAGUUCUGAAUUCCUAGACUCGUAGCAUAUGUAUGUGCACAAGAACAUCUUUACUUUUUGACACUUGGAAAUAAAGAAAGUAGCUUAAGGAAAUUGCAGUGCUGUAUUUGAUUUUUAAGUACAUUUUAAAAACUUCGUAUAUAAUUAAACAUCACAUUUUAGUUUUUCUGGUAUUGAAUUUAAAUGCCUACUUUAAAAGUACCAUCUAUCUUAUAAUUUUGCUGCAAAUAAAAAUGUACUUUUGGAUUAUUA